AUGAAGGAUGGUGUGAGAUGUGGAAACGCAGCAGCGAUGCUCACUUCUCACGUCUGUGACUGUUUCCCUUGAGGGAGUCGGAGGCUGACGGGGGGGAGGGGGGGGGGGGGAGCGUGCGCUGACCUGUGACCCCCGGCGUGAGGAUCGUCAACAUGACGCGUUGGUGGGCGCCGCUCGCCGUUGUUUACCUGUCCGUCUACCUGGCAGCCGCUCAGCACCACAGGAGAGCUCUGUUUCCGGCCGCGUACAGAAUAAAGCGCGAGGCGUACUCGCUGAUCAACCCCACGUUCCAGAAGUCGGUGGAGGACGUCAACCUGCUCUUUGAGAUCCUGCUCGCUGGAAUGCAGAUAGAAGGAGAAGACCACGCCAUGCUGAUCCCAGAUGAGGAGCUGGCGUCCCUGAGGAGCGUGGAGAAGCUGGACGUCAUCUGCGAGGACGUCCUGCCCAAGAGGCUCUCCGACAUCCGGCGUCUGACGGCCGAGCUCGCCGGGCGCCGCCGGCGUCUGAGCGGUCAGGAGUUCGAGAGGACGGUGCUGACCCUGGUGUUCGCCGCCCAGACGCUGGCUGGAUCCAGCAGCCCGCAGCAGAGGGAGGCCUGGACCGAGGAGCUGCUCCAGCUGUUCAGAGCCGUUCAGAGAGACCUCACCCCCACCGGAGGAGCAGCCUCCUGAAGACGGACAAGUCAUUAUCAGUCUGAUGCGUGUAAUUAUCUGAAGCUUAUUUUAACCCGAGGCAGUUUCAUGUAUAAUCUGCAAACUAACUGUAAACAUUAUGUACGGUAACACAACUAUUCUUAAUUCUACUAACUGAAAACAACAUGUUUUGCAAAAGUCAGUGAGAGAUCUGUAUGAAUUUAAUAAUUCAUUUUCAUGAUUCAGAAAUAAUUAGCUUUGCUGUUUCUAACAACAGGAAAUGAUGCCAUGUAUGAACUUUAUCACAGGAAUGCAACUGUACAUUAAACUGCAAAACUUCCAGAGCUUUAAUCAGAUUUAUGGCUUUUUCUACAA